CCCGGGUGCGUGCGUGGAUCACGUGGGUAACAGACCUGCGGAGUCUGGGGCGGCGGCCGCGCGUGCAGGCAGCGGGACGGGCUUCGGAGACCGCGCCUCUCGCUGCAGGUUGCCAUGGCUGCUGUUGACAGCUUCUACCUCUUGUACAGGGAAAUUGCUAGGUCUUGCAACUGCUAUAUGGAAGCACUGGCCUUGGUGGGAGCCUGGUACACGGCCAGAAAGAGCAUCACGGUCAUCUGUGACUUCUACAGCCUGGUCAGGCUGCACUUCAUCCCUCGCCUGGGGAGCAGACCGGACCUGAUCAAGCAGUACGGAAGAUGGGCAGUCAUCAGUGGGGCCACAGAUGGCAUCGGGAAGGCAUAUGCUGAGGAGUUAGCGAGCCACGGACUCAACAUCAUCCUGGUCAGCCAAGAAGAAGAGAAGCUGCAGGCCGUGGCCAAGCACAUAGCUGACACCUACAGGGUGGAGACAGUUGUCAUGGUGGCAGACUUCAGCAGAGGCCGGGAGAUUUAUGCUCCCAUCCGAGAAGCCCUGAGAGACAGAGACAUUGGCAUCCUGGUGAAUGAUGUGGGCGCAUUCUACCCCUAUCCCCAGUAUUUCACCGAGGUUCCCGAGGACACGCUCUGGGACAUUGUGAACGUGAACAUUGCGGCCGCGAGCCUGAUGGUCCACAUAGUGCUUCCGGGGAUGGUGGAGAGAAAAAGGGGCGCCAUCGUCACCGUGUCUUCUGGCUCCUGCUGCAAGCCCACUCCACAGCUGGCUGCCUUUUCUGCGUCCAAGGCCUAUCUGGACCACUUCAGCCGAGCCCUGCAGCAUGAGUAUGCCUCUAAAGGGGUCUUCGUGCAGAGUCUGAUCCCCUUCUACGUGACCACCAGUACGACUGCGCCCGGCAGCUUCCUGCACAGAUGCCCGUGGCUGGCACCUUCGCCGAGAGUGUAUGCUCAGCAUGCCGUGUCAACCCUAGGCAUUUCAAAAAGGACCACAGGCUACUGGUCCCACUCUAUUCAGUUUCUUUUUGCACAGUAUAUGCCUGAGUGGCUCUGGGUGUGGGGCGCAAACCUCCUCAACCGCUCCAUACGGAAAGAGGCCUUAUCCUGCCAAGCUUGAACCUGGAAGCUCGGGAGCGGCUUGGCCAAGCCACAGUAACCUGCAGUAUUCCGGCAUUUGGAAGAACACGUUCACUUCACCCGUGUUUUGUCUUGUACAGAGUACAUAAUUUGUUGCCAUCCCUCAUGAGGCCGACUUUAAGUCUGUGAGAAAACCUCAGGGACCACAUAGGUGGCCCAGGGCACAUAGCCACGAAGCCUAAGAACAGAACGGAAUGCUUCCCCAACACUUAGAAUGUGGCCGACCAGCUCCUGUAACUUCUUGUGUUGGGUUGUUUUUUGU